AUGGGUCGUGCAAAGUUGAGGAUGGAACUCAUACCAAAAGAGAAAACUCGAAUCACGACUUACCAAAAAAGGAAACGUGGGAUGAUUAAGAAAGCCAAAGAAUUCACAACUCUUUGUGAUGUGAAUACCGUGAUGUUCAUAUUACCUCCUGAUUCAAAUGAGCCCGAGGUUUGGCCUGAAAACCCCGAGCUAAUCAAGAAAACCAUCGCUUUUUACAAGACAAAAAAGGGUGAUUCGGGAAAGAAAACUUAUGAUCUCAAUGACUUUUUUGAAGAUCGUAAGAAAAAAAUUGAAGAUGAGCUAAUGAAGGCCCGAAAAAAGAACAUGGAAGCCAAGUACUCGACUUGGUAUGAUGAGUUCAAUAAUUAUUCCGAAGCACAAUUAAGGGUUUUGUCUAAGUCUUUGGAAAACAAAGAAAAUAUAGUUAAAGCUGUUGUUGAAUUCAAGAAAAAUAACAUGAAAAUCCUAAUGCCAUCUAUGUUAGAACUCGAUGAUCACAAAAAACCAAUGCUUCAUCACUUUAGUGAUUUGGGCUCUGGUUUGGGCUCAGGAUUGGGCUUGAACCUAGGUAACCCAGUUAGUAAUUUUGGUCAUUAUCAACUAAUGAACCAUCAAGUAAUGAGUAAUGGCGAUCUUGGGUGGCUCAAUAAUGAUGCUGAAUCUAAUUCUUGUUUACCUUUAUCAUCGAUGAAGUGUGACCCGAGGGGGUAUGGUUAUAACGCGGUGUAUGAUGGGGGUGUGAUCUACGAUAACGUGAACCAAUGGGCGAUUCCUCAGCCGAUGGUGCAAGUUCAAGUUCCGGACUUUGUGAUGCAAGAAAUUCAUAAUGCCCAAGCAAUGAACAACAAUGGUGGUGUUGGUGAUUAUAUGAUGGAUCAGGAUCAACAUGCAAGGAUGUUUAUGGGUAAUUAA